AAAAGAUUUCGUCAGUGUUUUCCAGGAGCGCGAUACUGCCCUGUAUGUUUCUCAGGUCGAGCAACAUUUAGUUUUUUUUUUCAUUUUGUUUACGAAAAAAAUACAUAAAAUAAAAUUAUUUAAAGAUAGAAAACUACAGUUCAAAACGUGAUUGAAAUUCCAAGGGACAGCGAUGUCAAAGCAAAAACUCAUAAUUCAGGAGGAAAGUCUGCACGACUCAUGGGUAGAGCUCCACUUUGAUUCAUGUAGUGAACAUAGUGAGGACGCACCAGCCCUGUCUGAUAUCACAGACCUAGAAAAAAUGCUUCUGGAAGCACAACGGGAAUCCAGCAGUAGUUCACGGACAAGUUCUCAUUGUAGCAGUCCCCAACGUGUCCAGACACCUCCACUCAUAAGUGCAGUCUCUUUCAACACACACAUUAUUUCACAGGGGGAAGUUGUAGCAGCAAGCACACAGGAAGCUGAGGCUGUCGCAAGAAUCUGCGAAUGGUCCAGCCGGCCAGAAAAUUUUCCACCCAAAGCAUUUAUUAUUAAACGGCCAAAACGGAACAGAAUGUGCAGCAAAAACAGAGAAAAAAAUGAAAAGGAAAUGAACACAAACUUCCUGAAGUUACUGCUACCCUCCCUACUUUUGACACACAUUCUCAUGCUUGGAUUGGGGAUCUGUAUUGGACGACGCCUUUCCACUCAGUGUUCUGUUAUCUGAGUCAAAGCAUGUGUGUGUGUGUGUAUGCUGUGUCUCAGUGUCUCUAGAAAGAACCUGACAGCCUGGAGUCCUUUAGUUUUCUUUCAGGAGAAAUGCAGGACUAUGUAAGAGGACACUGUGAAAAUAUGAUGAGAGAAACUCUCAGCAUUAUUUUUUCUUUGGUUCUCCUGUGGGGACUUUGGCACAGAAUUUAAAAAGAUUAAUCCAGUUCUGUAUUGGAAUCAGGUUAGAUUAACCAGGAAAUAUGCCUAAUAGAUUUAAUCUUUUUUUUUUUUUUUUGGCUAGGAAUUAAUAAUGUUUGUAACUUUGAAGACAUGAGCAUGACGAUUAUUUUACUGACCACGUCACAUUGUAGUCCUUCAGCUGACCUGCUUUUUAAAUAACAUUUUAAAUUUGUAUAUAUAUAUAUGUUUGACAGAAAAUUCAGAGGCAUAUAAAUACUUAUUCUUACAUUUACUCUAAUUUACUCACACAUGCUGUGGAAAAGUAAUAAACUGUGCUACCAAAAUA